AUGAGUUACACGACGCCAAUCGUUAGUAAACUCUAUUGUUCAACGUCGCAGACGAUGUUCGGAGUAAGGAAAAGGCCACAUGUGGUGAAUGGAGGUGGUUUUGUUGUCACAGAUUACACUACUCAAAAGGUUGUUUUCAAGGUUCAUGGCUGUGGUAUUCAUGGCAAAAAAGAUGAGUUGAUUCUUAGAGAUGGUGAUGGAGAAGCUUUACUCCUCAUGCGUCGAAAGGGAGGUAUGGUUGAGGCUCUUAGUAUUUACAAGAAGUGGAAAGGUUAUAGUGUAAACUAUGAAGGAUUACAGAAGCUUAUAUUCAGCUUAAAAGAACCUGGAAAUUCAUGUUUGGCUAAGAAUAGAGGAAUCAAAAUUUCUAUUGAGUCAAGUGUUGUUGGAAACAAAGGUUGGGACUUUGAAAUUAAGGGAUAUUUUCCUGAUAAGCAUUGCAGCAUUGUUGACAAUAGAGGCAACAUCGUAGCACAGGUUGGGAUGAAUAAAGAAGUGGAGAAAUUGAUGGAAAGCAAGGAUUUGUAUCAUGUGGUUGUGAAACCAGGGAUGGAUCAAGCUUUUGUUUUCGGAGUUAUAGCAACUCUUGACUAUAUUUAUGGAGAAUCUACAUAUUGUUAA